CACACCCUGUCCCAGACCGACUACUUGACCAGGCUGGUGGCCCACGCGUGCUGGGAGGCCAAGGAGCCGGACGGCAGCUUCCGGCCCGAGCGCGUGGGCGUGUGCGCGCUGCGCGGGGGCCACGCGCAGGACUCGUGCCUGCUGCCCGGGCUGGUCCUGGCCGCGAAGCCCUGCGGCCAAGUGACUGUGGUGCUGAGCGGCGCCAGGGUGGCUCUCUUUGCCUGCACCUUCGGGCCCGCCAACCCAAAGGCACCGGCGACCGCCCGUCUCUCCAGCCCGCUUGACCUCGCCUCGUUCAGGAAGGGCAGCGAGCAACUGAUAGAAAAGCAAGUGGCCCAGCUGGCAGCUGCGGACGUCAACGUGGCGGUGGUCUGGGGCGAGGUCGAGGAGCGCGCCCUGGCGCAGGCCGACCAGUACGGCGUCAUGGUGAUCCAGGUGAAGUCCCGGCGGGAGCUGGUUUACCUGAGCGAGGUGCUGGACACGCCUCUGAUGCCUUAUCUGGUUCCGCCGCUGGAGCUCGGGAAGUGCCGGAGGGUCUACACGCAGGACCUGGGAGAGGGGCUGGCUGUGGUGUUUGAAUGGGAGAGUCCAGGCACCCCGGCCCUCACCUUGGUCCUUAGGGGGGCCACGCCCGAGGGGCUGCGGGGCACAGUGCAGGCCGCCUACCAUGGAAUCGAUGCUUACUGCCAGCUGUGUCAGGACCCCAGACUGCUUCCAGGGGCUGGCGCCACGGAGAUGGCUCUGGCGAAAAUACUCGCAGAUAAAGGAGCCAAAUUACAGGGGCCUGACGGGCCUGCGCUCCUGGCAUUUGCCCAAGCCCUGCGGUCAGUUCCUGCGACGCUGGCGGAGAACGCAGGCUUAGUUGUCUCCAACGUGAUGGCAGAGAUGAGCGCUGCUCACCAAGCUGGCAACUUCCUCACAGGAGUGGGAGUCGAAGGGAUCAUAAAUGUGGACCAGGAAGGGGUGUGGGACACCCUAAUAGCCAAAGCCCGAGGAAUUCGAGCCGUGGCUGAUGUGGCACUACAGCUCGUGACUAUAGAUGAAAUCGUGGUGGCCAAGAAAAGUCCCACACCUCAGCCAGACUUGAAUCCGAAUCCUAAGAAGGCAAAGGAUCGCCUGCCUCCUGUGGGGGGAAAAAAAGUCCUUUAACAAAUAAGUAGCGACAUCUUCAAUAAAAUGGGGGUUGCCAAGGAGGGCACGAUCACCCCAAAAACGAACGCUCACUUUAUUUAUUCCCUCCGUGUCCGGUACAGUUAGAGUCCAUUUCUUUAGUUAAAAAUAGCAUGAAGGACCAUAAGAUAAAAGCGCUUUCGUUGAUUUACUUCCUUUCAGGUUCCUUGGCUUUUUUUCACUUCCUGUUUCUCUCUAUCAGAUUCUGUUCUGUUCCUCCAAGAAGAGCAGGAGUUGAUUCUAUCAAAGAUUUUUAAAUCGAUCACCCGGGCUUUGCGGUGCGAAAAAAGUGCAGG